AUGGUACCAGGCAAUGAUACAGGAUUUUCACAAUUUUUUCUUCUGGGAUUUUCAGAGGAACCAGAACUGCAGCUCCUCAUAUUUGGACUUUUCCUCUCCAUGUACCUCAUCACUGUGUUGGGAAACCUGCUCAUCAUUCUGGCCAUCACUUCAGACUCCCACCUCCACACACCCAUGUACUUUUUCCUCUCCAACCUAUCCUUUGUAGACAUCUGUUUUACCUCUACGACUAUCCCAAAGAUGCUGGUAAGUAUAAUGACUCACACCAAAGUCAUUAUCUAUGAAGAUUGUCUCACCCAGAUGUAUUUUUUCCUCCUAUUUGUACAGUUGGACAACUUCCUUCUGACUGUGAUGUCCUAUGACCGCUUUGUGGCCAUCUGCCACCCACUGCAUUACACAGUCAUUAUGAACCCAUUUCUCUGUGGACGUUUAGUUCUAAUCUCCUGGGUGAUAGGUGCUCUGAAUUCCUUAUUACAAAGCUUACUGGCAUUGCGGCUGUCCUUCUGUACAGUCUUGGAAAUCCCCCACUUUUUCUGUGAAUUCAAAGAGGUGAUCCAACUUGCUUGUUCUAACACCUUUCUUAAUAACACUGUGAUGUAUUUUGCAGUUGGGCUGUUUGGUGGUGGUCCAUUUGCCGGAAUUUGUUACUCAUACUCUAAGAUAGUUUCCUCCAUACAUGGAAUAUCAUCAGCUCAGGGGAAGUAUAAAGCAUUUUCUACUUGUGCGUCACACCUCUCUGUUGUCUCCUUAUUUUAUUGUACAGGCCUAGGAGUGUACCUCAGCUCUGCUGCUACCCAAAGCUCACAGUCUAGUGCAACAGCCUCAGUGAUGUACACUGUGGUCACACCCAUGCUGAACCCCUUCAUCUACAGUCUGAGGAAUAAAGACAUAAAGAGGGCUCUGAGAAGAUUCUUGUGCAGUGAAGUAAUACCCUCUAUAAUGUAUUUCUAUGUUCUCAUGUAG